AUGUCGGCAUCUCUGGCGCCUGAGUGUAACGAGGUCAAAGAGAAAUAUGAUAGCUGCUUUUUGAAGUGGUAUUCUGAGAAAUACAUCCGAGGAAACUCGUCCACUGAUGAGUGCGAGCCGCUUUUCAAGCAGUACAAAAGUUGUUUGACCAAAGCCCUCAAAGACAAAGGCAUCGAUGGCAUGCUGUCAGAAGCCCGUGAGGGCACCAACGAGACAGACGCCGAGCAUUUGAAGCGAUAG